UCCGACACUCCCGAAGGCCGAAGUAAGCAAGAUCAACUUAUCCAUGGCACGCUAACUCAGUCGCCAAGCAUCACAAUUAAGCAAAAUGUGCUAUAGAAGUAAAAAAGAUGGGACCUUUAUGACGGCUAAUGGGUUUUAUAAAUCACUUUAUUACAUUUUCUUGAUCGUUGUGAUGGCUGGCUGGAUAGAGGUGGCCGCCGAUGAAGAAAAGCGAAUUCCCACCACCUUGGAUGGCCCUUUCAAGCCUGUGACGAGGAGGUUCGACCCUUCUUUGCGCCAAGGCAGUGAUGACUUGCCCAUGGAACAUCCCAGGCUCCAGAGGAAUGUAACCUCCAUGUUUCCUGAGCAGGUCGCUCUUGCAUUAUCCACCCCUACUUCUAUGUGGGUCUCUUGGGUCACUGGGGAAUCUCAGAUUGGAUUGAAUGUGACGCCACUAGAUCCAGCAAAAGUAAGAAGCGAGGUGUUUUAUGGAAAAUCAAGUGGGGCUUACACAAAGACAAAAACUGGGGUUUCAAUGGUUUACAGUCAGUUGUAUCCAUUUGAAGGUCUAUGGAAUUACACUUCUGGCAUUAUUCAUCAUGUUAAAAUCGAUGAUCUUGAGCCUGAGACAAAGUAUUACUACAAGUGUGGAGAUAGUAUUUUAGGCUCAAUGAGUGAGGAGUUUGUAUUUGAGACCUUGCCUUUGCCUGCACCUCACAAGUAUCCUUGUCGAAUAGCUGUGGUUGGAGAUUUAGGCCUCACAAGCAAUUCAACUACAACCAUUGAUCAUCUCAUUGCGAAUGAUCCUUCAAUGGUAUUGAUGGUUGGGGACAUGACAUAUGCAAAUCAGUACGUUACAACCGGUGGAAAAGCGGCCUCUUGCUAUUCAUGUCAGUUUCCUGAUUCGCCCAUCAGGGAGACCUAUCAACCUCGUUGGGAUGGAUGGGGAAGGUUUAUGGAACCAUUGACCUCAAGAGUUCCAAUGAUGGUCAUAGAAGGCAACCAUGAGAUUGAACCCCAAGCAGAAGCAGUAACAUUUAGGUCAUAUUUGACAAGAUUUUCUGUCCCUUCAAAUGAAUCGGGAUCUAUGAGUAACUUCUACUACUCAUUUAAUGCUGGUGGUGUACAUUUCAUAAUGCUUGGGGCCUAUGUUGACUACAACAGAACUGGUGCUCAGUAUAGUUGGCUAAUAGAAGACUUGAAGAAAUUAGAUCGCAGCAUAACUCCAUGGCUUGUUGCUGCAUGGCAUCCUCCUUGGUAUAACAGCUACUCAUCACACUAUCAGGAAUUUGAGUGCAUGAGGCUAGAAAUGGAACAAGUCUUGUAUCACUAUGGAGUUGACAUUGUCUUUUCCGGACAUGUUCAUGCAUAUGAGCGGAUGAACCGUGUGUACAAUUAUACUCUGGAUCCUUGCGGGCCAGUCUACAUAACAGUGGGGGAUGGUGGUAACAUUGAGAAGGUUGAUGUUUGAUAGGAAUGGGCCUAUGGUAGAUAAUAAUAAUAAGUGGGCCUAUUAUUUUAGAUAAAAAAUGGGCUUGUACUAUAAAGAGUAAGGAAGGGGGGAGGGAAAAGGGAGGCUUUUGGACUUUAGGUCUGGGACUGGGAAGACUAGAGAUUAUUCAUCUCUUCUCUUUGGGGCUUCGGCCUUGUUACUGUUACUAUUCAUCUUCUUCAAUAAACAUUUUCAGUUUGUUUCUUGAUCUUUUUUUCUGUAAAUCUUUCUGGGAUCUUGGGGUUUCUAUCAUUGGUAUCAGAGCGUCUUUUCUGGUGACCUGAUUUCUUGUUGAAAUCGAGAAUUUUUUUUGGGUUCUUACGGUGAAUGGUGCGUACCAGAGCAAAAUGGAACAAAGGAUGGAGGCGAUGGAGCGGACUCAUGUUAUGAUGGAGCGUAAUCAUGAUAUGAUUGUAGCGAUGACCAGACAGCUAGGUGCGAUAAUAGGAAAGAUGGAUGCGAUGAUCGAGGAAACCCGUGAGAGUAGGAGGUCGCGAUCUCAUCAUCUUCACCAAUCACGAACUGUUUCUUCGGGUUCGCAAAGUUCGCAGAAAUCUCGAACUGUUUCUUCUGGUUCGCAGGAGUCGCGAACUAUGGCGCACUCGCGAAAGGAUUUGCGCGGUUCCCGACCGCCAUCGCAAAAAGAUUCUCAACGUUCGUCGAAGCUAGAGGUUCCUUGCAGUACGUCGCUAGCCGCGUCUCAAAGUGCGACUUCAUCAGCAGUUUCUCAGUCGCAAACUGCUCCUCUCAGUUCGCAAGCUUCACGAUCGGUUUCAAGUUCUAAAUUUUCCUCGCGAAGUGCUUAUGCCCAACCCUCCUCAUCGCAAACUUUGUUUUCACAUUCGCAGUCGCAAUCGCGAACUGUUCCUCUCAGUUCGCAGGGGUCUGGUUUUCUUCUGCAGGCGUCUUCAUCUACUCUCUGUUCGCAUCAGAGUUUUCAAUCGAGAGAAGACUAUUCGUGUUUGCAAGUUUUAUCGCAAACCAUCUCUAAAUCUGUGAAAGUUUAUCCCCAGUUGAUGAAGAAUAAAGAGUUGAAGACAGCUGAAUAUGUAAUCAAGAAACCUACUGGAGACAAAAACGAGGAGCUAAUUACAGUUGCAGGAGGACCUGAAGCUACUGCAAUUGCUGAACUACUCAGUCAUGCACAGGUAUCACCUAUUUCAGAAGCCAUAUCACUAGACGUUACCCGAAAAAGAAUUUCAGAGGGCUCAAAGCUGGAAAGAAAUGUUGAGUCAAAGCCAUUUGCACCUUCAGUUCAACAAGUGAAGAUGAAGCAAGAAAUUCUGAGAGCAGAAAACAUUGAGUCAUCAAAUAACCUUGAACCUCGACGAGUUCAUGAACUGGAUUUGGGUGUUCAAAUAGAUAUGCUGCAUCAUCCUUCAUCAAAGGGAAGGUUGGAAGGGAUGAAGCAGAUUGAGGAUUUAAAAAUUAAGGGUGUGAAUUCUAUGAAAUAUAUCCGAAUGAGAUUGGGAAUAGGAUUGGCUGGGAAUGAUAAGAAAAAUGGUAAGGAAAUGCCAGUAGUUUAUAUAUUUGUUCCAGAUGAGGGUGUAGUCUGUGACUAUCAGUUUCAUAUGGUAUGUUCUGACAAAGGAAUGAAGGCUACAGAUAACCAGAAAUAUGAUACAUCGGGUGUGUUAGCCGUUGAUCUGCUAACUACAGUUCAUAAAGCUUCAGCAGGAACUGCUAUUCCUUGGCAGUCCAAUUUAAUAGCUACUGCUGCAUUUAGGAAGCCAUGGAAGGAUUGGAUGUAUGUGAAAAAGGAGGGUGUACAAGCGGGAUCAGUUCAGAAGGAUGCUAGUGGAAGGUUAUGGUGGAAGAAUGAAUUUGAUUGGACUACUAAGUGCUGGACUUCAGGGAUGACCGGUUGCAAGAGGCUUACAGAUAAUCCACCUCAGUUUGCAGCAGGUUCUGCACCAUUCAUGUUAUUGUUUGCACCUAUCAAUUCUGGAUUACAGGAUUCGUAUGGGAAAGUUUCCUUUAAUAACUCUGAAGUUGAAUCUGCCAUAGUUGUUGAUCAGUUAAGCGAUGCUCAUGCUGUUAUUAUCGGUUCCAAGAAAUACUGCAUGUCAGAUACUACAACUUCAAGGACUGGAGCCACUGAAAUCCAAGAGCUUGAGUUAUAUCAAGAGGUAAGACUUGUUAAAAAUUGGAAGAUGGAGCAGUUGGUGAUUGGGCAGAUUGAUAAAAUUCCAUUCCAUCAUGAACAAAGCCACCUGACUGGUACAGAUGCUCUGAAAAUAGGAGAUCUGUUGAGGCUUUUGCUAGAAGAAGUAAGGAGGAAGACUCAAGUAUGGAAGAUCUUAGUCCAGAAAUCAGUCAAGUACUGGGAGGGGAGAAGUGCAAGAAUGAAGUGCAAGUGGAAGAUCAAGGCUGACUCCUAUCACCCACCUUGAGGGCAAGGUGGUUAUUCAGGGGGGGAGUAAUGAUAGGAAUGGGCCUAUGGUAGAUAAUAAUAAUAAGUGGGCCUAUUAUUUUAGAUAAAAAAUGGGCUUGUACUAUAAAGAGUAAGGAAGGGGGGAGGGAAAAGGGAGGCUUUUGGACUUUAGGUCUGGGACUGGGA